UGACAGACGCCUCAUCCUGACGCGCAACAAAGCCUGAAGAAUUUUAUUUUUUCAGUUUUACGCACAAACAAAAUGAGCUUCAUCUCCACCGUGACCCUUUUGUGGGCGACAUCAAUUCCCUGCAUGCAAGCCAUCCACGGACUGUACAACUUUGGCCAGCACGAUUUAUUCUACAAAAAGAACAACUGCAAGCAGAUUCCCACCAACCUCCUGCUUUGCCACGACAUAGAAUACGCGGAGAUGCGCUUGCCGAACCUGCUCGGACACGAAACUAUGGAUGAAGUCCUGCAGCAGGCUUCCUCAUGGAUCCCACUAGUCCAGAAGCAAUGUCACCCAGACACGAGGAAGUUCCUCUGCUCGUUGUUCGCUCCCGUCUGCCUGGACGACUUGGACGAGCCCAUCCAGCCGUGCAGGUCCCUGUGCGAGAGCGUCAAGCGGGGAUGCGCGCCUGUGAUGUACGCGUUCGGCUUUCCGUGGCCAGAGAUGUUGGACUGCGAGCGUUUCCCGCUGGACAACGACCUGUGCAUACCACCUGCCAGCGCGGAGAACGUCGUGCCUGUCACCAAAGAGGUGCCCAGGGUGUGCGAUGCUUGCAAAGAAACAGAAGAAAAUGACAACGAAAUCGUUGACAACGUGUGCAAGAAUGAUUUCGCUCUGAAAAUCAAAGUAAAGGAGAUUUCAUACGUCAACGGUGACACCAAAAUUGUGCCGGAGACCAAGAGCAAGACCAUCUACAUGAUGAACGGUGUGACGGAGCGGGACCUGAAAAAGAUGGUGCUGUGGCUGAAAGAUGGACUGAGGUGCAUCUGUGAGGAGAUGAACGACAUCAACGCUGCCUACCUGGUCAUGGGCCAGAAGGUGGAUGGCCUUCUGGUGAUCACCUCCCUGAAGCGCUGGCAAAAGGGCCAGCGUGAGUUCAAGAGGAUUUCACGCAGCAUUCGUAAGAUCCAGUGCUAGAAAGGAGAGAAGGAGAAAGUCGAUGAUCGAGAUCGAGUUUAUUCGAGUCCUUCCCUUUGUGUCCUUUUUUAGUCGGCAGCUUUGGGUUCUGCUCUAGAGUGUAGCUGAUUCCCAAAAACACAACUUACUGUUUCUUCUAUUGAUUUCUUAUUGAAAACACAUAUAUAAUUAUGAGGCACGUGCAGGAUUACAUAAAUAAAACACAUCAUCUAGACAAAAACACAGAUUUAGUUGAUGUUAUAACCAUAACUCACGUGGACUUGUUGAUGUUGACAAAGCAACAAAAAGAUCAACUUUUCUCUCUUUCACUGUCAUUUCUGUGUUGAGCUACCGCCCCCUAGUGGUCAAUUGGUGUCCUUUUAUAAAGAGUCAAAGUCUACUUAAUGUCAAUUUCAUAUGUAGACAUACAAAACAAUCAAAAUUACAUUUCUCACCAUACCCCAACUUACAAAAAUCACAUCACAAUAAUAGUAACAAUAGUAAUAAAAAAGUUUUUCCUUAAUCCAUAAAAAAACACAACAAUAAUAUUUUUUUUUAAAUCCCACAAGCCAGAUACCAUAUACAAUUUAAAAACACAACUUUUUAUAUAGUUAACAACUUAGAUAGAUAGAACUCGUGGGAGAGAAUUCAGCCUCCUCACAGCCUAGAUGGAGGAAACUGUUUGACAAUCUUUUAGUGCGUGCACGAAGGCUUCUGUACCUCUUCCCAGAAGGCAGAACUUCAAACAUGUAAUGUUCUGGAUGACUUACGUCAUUCACUACUGUGAUUGCUCUGCGAAUAAGUCACUUAGAGUAUAUAUCUUGCAGUGAUGGAAGUGGAACACCAAUUAUCUUCCCAGCUGUAUUUACAAUAUGUUCCUUCCUACAGGCAGCAGUAUAGUUUCCACCCCACACUGUAAUACCACUGGAAAGAAAGCUCUCAAUAGUACCACAAUAAAAAGUUCUCAAAACGAAUGUGGAUGCCCCAGCACAUCUAAGUUUAUGCAAAAAAUAUAAGCGUUGUUGAGCUUUCUUCACUAAUGCUGUAGUAUUGAUGGUCCAAGAAAAGUCCUCAGUGAUAUAUACCCCCAACAAUUUGGUACUGCUCACCCUCUCCAUUAAAACAUCAUCUAUAGUCAAUGGAUGAUGCUGACUAUGCCCUUUUUGAAAGUCAAUAAUGAUCUCUUUCAUCUUGCUAAUAUUUAACAAGAGAUUGUUUGUCUUACACCAUUUUGUCAACAGAUUUACCUCCUCCCUAUAGAGAUUCAUCAUCCGCAGUGAUGAGACCCACCAAGGUUAUAUCAUCUGCAAACAUCACCAUACGUAGGAUGAACUGUAUUACAAUCAUGUGUUAGCAGGGUAAAAAGCAGUGGACUGAGUACGCAGCCCUGGGGGUCCCCAGUGUUCAGUAUAAUCCUGCUCAAGAUUUUAUUUCCUGUACUACUUGUGACCUCUGACUGAGAAAAUCCUAAACCCAGUUGCAGAGAGAUGCACUGAACCCCAACUUAUCUAGUUUUUUGUCUAGAGUAGUGUUUUGAUCACUGUGGAUGGUGUAAAAUGCACUCUGCGGGUGUUUAAGGUGGAUGAAACUGACAAAUUAAUUAGGUAAAACAUGUAAAAUGUUACAUGGUUGAAAACAAAACUAGAACAGUUAAGCAUUAAAAGUAUAUAACUAAUGUAGCCACGUCCUUUAAAAAGGCAGUCAACAGAUGUCUUCUUUCUCCUCUGAGGCUCAUUGGGGGUUAAAUCCCCAUAUUCAUCUUUUUAAGUAAUAAUUUUAGAUAAAUAACUCAAUUGAGAACGAUAAUAGCUUAAUGUAGAUGCAAACUGAGUAAAUGUGUAAUUCUU